CUAUGGACAUCGCGGAAGGUAUUCGCAAUAUUUACUCCUUCUUUAUAUUUUUAUAUAAGAUGUAACACUAACUUAGUUGUGUUAUGUUAUGCAGAGACAUUUUGGGCAUAAUCAGCUAAGGAAUUGCUACCCAGCAUUCACAGAGCAGUUUGACCUACUACUAGAGAGAGAUGUCACCUGGGAGCCAUACAGUGAGGACCACCGCGACGAGGCAUACCCAGGCGGUAUAUCGAACAUGUGUACCAGAGAUUGGGCCUACUGGAUGACGAAGGCGAAGAUCAUCUUCGAUAUCUUCGUGGAGGAGAUGUCGCAGCAGAGGGUCAUGAGACAGUUUGGACAGCGUCAGCUGAUCGAGCCACCACCUCCCACAGUUCCUCUACCACCACGCGUCCACGCGUACAACAGAAAAGGAGCGAAUAAGACUGCUGCUGGAUGGUUGCAACUCCUCGCUCCAUACAUCACCGGUUGGGCCAAUGCGCCGGCAGAUUCAUGGGCCACCAUGGAGGCAUUUGAUCUUCAGGAAUUUGAGCACUACUUGCGAGCAUACAUGCCUAGGACACGACUUCGGCUGAGCCAGGCAGUCGGCAUCACGCAGUAA